AUGAUUAAACUGCGUUCCUAGUUGUCUUCGUUCAGAGAAAUAGCUCUGCCACAACAUGCCGACCAACAGCAGCGUCACCUUGUUUAUCAUCAUAGGAGUUGCAAUUGUUUCACUCCUAAUUCUUAUUUUGAUUCCCACCAGUUUCUCUGACGUCGAAUACUACGAGGUGAGCUUAUGUCAAGUUAUGAUUUUGCUUCAAAAGAGUGCUAACUAUUUUAAUUCAAUUCAAACUAACAUUAAUUCUUCCAUCCACUUUCGACUUCGUGCAUACCUAUCAGCGCUUAUAACGUUAUCAGCUAUACCAUACAUAUCACUGAUGGAUGCAAACCGUUAUAAAAAGAAAAAGUUAUCGUCAUCCUAAUCUUCCUCUUAUAGCACAAAUCUUUUGCUCUGUUUGUAAUCCAGUAAUAACCCACCGACAAACCGUAGAACAGGUUAAUUUAAAGUAAAAUAUUUAGAAAAGGCAUUGUGUCAUCCUUAAAUUGGCAUCACAUCGAUGUGUGAACUAAUGGGAGCUAUACAUUUUGCAGUUUUCGCGGUUUUUUAAGGCUAAUCUCGUGAUGAAACCAUUUUGCAAGGAACGCAGUUUUGUUGACUUCUACACGAUGUUUAGGGGCGGAAGAGAAAUAAUGGAAUAGAAAUACCUAAAAUUUCGUGUUGAAAUAUUAAAAUAAUGCUCCUUUCGGGAGUGGAAUAAUGGCAUAACGAAACUUGGGUUUGUGAAUACCCCCGUUAUUGUUCUUCACCCCCGAAUGAUAUCGUUCCGUGUCAAUGGCCUUUAGCACUAACUGUAUCUAAAUUUUAUUAUCAGUUGACGACAUUCGUCCAGGCAGUGCCAACGCUAUUCAAUUUCCCAAAAUUCUCCUUUUACUUCGUUAAGAUGUUCGCGUACAUUUAAAUAAGUAUUUGAUAAUUUAAGCAGAAACAUUUUCUCUCUACGGCGUUCAUCAGAUAGAGUAAUUUUACUUGAACCGUCAACCGGAUACUAACAACUGAAAUAGUGCAAAAUAGCAAGGGCAAACAAAAGAAGAUAAUGACUUUAGUCAAUAAUAGUGCGUAAUAUUCUACUCCCUAUUUCACGGGUUAAGUAAAAUCACUCUUAUGUUUGCGCCUUAGGCUUUGUGCGUGCGCAACAUUGCAUUACUUGGCUUCCUGAACACGCCGACAGAAACAACGAGACCUGAUCUUGACUUUGGCAUGUAGUCGUAAUCUUCAUAAACAGCACCAUGUUAAUUAUUCAACAAAGGAAAGGGUGACUCGAAGUGUUAACAAAACAACUGACUUCAUUAAAAAAAAAUGGUAUUAAUUUUAACUUAUAGAUUAGAGCAAGAGAGAAUGGGUCACUGAGAGGAAAAACGAGUCUUUUUCCUCGUAUCCUCAUAAGAAGUGUUGUCCCACACACACACUCAACCGAGUAUUCUUAUUUCGGUUAGCUACACUAUGAAGGGCACUUUAUAUGUUACUCGGGGUUACUCGAGAGUUAGAAAUGGUUUGGCCCCUGACUGCAUAGGUGCACUUUUCAAUUUUGCAAACAAAGGGUACUCCCUAAGAAAUGUAGAGUUUGAUAUGCCUCGCUACUCAACAGUAAGAUAUGGAAACACUCUAUUAGAUACCUAAGCCCAUAUCUUUGGUCCAGAAUUUCCUCAAGUGAUCGACAGCGACUCUUGCUUGUUAAUUUUAGAUGGAACAUCAGAAAGAAAGACUUGACUUCUCUUAUUGAGGGCACGUGCAUCAAUUGUAACUUUUGUAUCACUAAACCACGUUUGCAAUGGAAUUUUAUCACUUUUUAACUAAAUAAUGAUAAAUUUGUGAAUAUUCUGAAUAUCCGGUUUUUUUUGGAAAUAAGCGAUAUUUAAAAAUUUGUGAAUGGUGCAAAUUUUAGAUUUUUAUUAUGAAUAACCUUCCCUGUCUUCAAAAAGAUUUUUAACACUCAUAGCAUUCCCCCUUUUUUAUUUUGUAUUUGGAAUGAUCUUUUGGUGUCGACAAUUAGCUUAUAUCUAGCUAAACACCCUGACACUUAAAUAAAGUUCAUUCAUUCAUUUUAAAACAUGUUCUAUACCUGCAUCUCGCAUUUACAUAUCAAUACCGUUGCGGACACCUAGUCAAUAUUAACGUUCAGUAGUAUUCCAUCAAAGAGGAAGUAGAAAUACUCCUUGUCUAUUUUUGUUCGCUUACUUUGCGCUCUCGUUAACAAUCUAAAAGUGGAGCAGCCUUGCUUUUGCAAAAAUGAUAAAAAUAAUAUCAGUGUUAACCAAAUUUUCAAAGAUUAAGGCCAAACAGUAGAGGUCUUCGUCGUAUUCAAAGCACUCCUUCCCUUAACACACCCUUGAUUGAAGUGACCAUAUGAUAUAUGCACUGCCACCCAGGCUUUUGGGCGCUGUUGUAUAGCACCUAAGGAUCAAACAGAAAUUUUUGCGGAUUCAUGUGGAGCCGAGGUUUCUUAAUCCUUGCAUCAGAAGAUCCAAUAUUGCUGUUGAUAUUAUACUGACAUUUACUGGCGUUCGUGAUUGAAAAACGCAUCACUGAGCCGUGAAUACAACCUGUCAUUUACUUCCGUGUUUACAGCCUCCAAGCGGUGACUCGUCAUUUCUCGGGGAGAGGGAAGUUUGUCUCUCUGACUCAAAUGUUCUGACAUCUUCCACGCGAAAAGUGCAAGUAGUAGCUCUCAUUUGUACAUGUUUGCUACUUCUUCGCCUCGUUAUCAUAUGGCCAGUUAGCUUUUCCGAUGUCGAAUAUUAUGAGGUAUGAGAGGAAGUUGCAACGGAAUUCGCUAAAGGGUCUCAAUGGGGUGGAAACUUUAACGGCUGUAAACAGUCGAAUAUGUGCAGUUGUCAUUCAUACAACCCAAUAAAAGAUGAUAUUAGGGACCUUAAGAUCCGACGACGACGACAGCAACGAGGACGUCAAAAAAGCAGUAGGUUUAAUAUCUAAAAUAACAAUAUUGCACGUGCAUCACGCGUUUUUGUACAUUUCUUUGCCGUCACUGCACGACUACGACGUGAAAAUGCCCAAUUUCACGUUUCACAGAGGAAAGACACAAGCGAUGACCAAAUUUCUUCGCUAUUUCUGAACUUGGAUAUGGUUCUUAGGAAUUCAACUUUAGGAGGGUUCCCCUACAUUUGACAAAGUUAGUGACUUGAAGUAAUCGCGAUGAAGAUUGAAAGAGCGCGAAUUCACUUUUUUAGUGACGUUUUCGCUGCCGUCGCCCGUCCUGCAAUCUUAAGGUCCCUAUUUUGUUGUUUAAAACGGCUAACGGUCGGUAUCGUUCUGUUCUGUGAACGGAAAUCUCAGGAAAGGAAAAGAAAGGGUUUUAAAGUUACAAGACAUUAUAAAGUCGACUCCCGAUAACUCGAACCUCGUGCUAACUCGAAGGCCAAGAUCCUUGAAUUUACUUCAUUGAUUUACUGUAAUUUUACCCUUGAUAACUCGAACCCUCGAUAACUAGAACCUCCGGCUCUAAAAGUAAUUUUUGUUUCCCUUCAGAUCAUUUCUAUACAAUUUUACCCUCGAUAACUCGAACCAUGUUUUAAGCGCGUGAAAAUUCGAAAAAAACGCAGUGAACUGCAGUCCAAAACAUAGAACUUCUGUCAAAACAAUCAUGUAAUCUUUCUCUUUAAGAUUCUUUAUUUUUCGUCAGUCCAAUUCAAAUAUAAUGUUUAGGGUUAUUAAUCGAGGCUUUGUUGCGAAAUUUCGUUUUCAAAAUAUCAAUAUAUCUCUUGUUUCCCUUGAAGAGAAGUGUACAGUACUUGCUUUACUCCCCCAUUCCAUCGUUUCGAGCUCUCGAUAACUCGAACUGUUUUCGAUCUCUUCGUGAAGGUUCGAGUUAUUGGAAGUCGACUGUACAUGUACGUGACUAGCGAAUGUCUUGAAACAAGGAAAAGCUUUAACUAGCUGUUAAACUGAAUUUUCCAAAUUUUACGCCUUACAAUUAAAAGUUUGGCUGAUUGCGGCUAAUAGUAAAACCCAUUCAGACUUACUUAGAACGGUCAACCCGAAACAAGUCGUACGUCACGAUUAAUGUUUUAGCCGUUCUAGUNGAAGGUUCGAGUUAUUGGAAGUCGACUGUACAUGUACGUGACUAGCGAAUGUCUUGAAACAAGGAAAAGCUUUAACUAGCUGUUAAACUGAAUUUUCCAAAUUUUACGCCUUACAAUUAAAAGUUUGGCUGAUUGCGGCUAAUAGUAAAACCCAUUCAGACUUACUUAGAACGGUCAACCCGAAACAAGUCGUACGUCACGAUUAAUGUUUUAGCCGUUCUAGUGAACAGCUAACAGUGAACUGUCUCAUUGAGGCCCUCUCUUGUAACAUCUAUAUAUUUGUGUUAUACCAUGUUUCGAUACGCAGUAAGGGUUGUGAAGUUUUAACACUUUCAUUAGCCACUUUGUGUCUUUAUUAUAACUGCUUAUUAGUCUGAUUAUAAAUGGCAAAAAAUAUGCAUACUUGUUAUGCGAAAACCUAAGCCUUGAAAUAUUCUUUGUUGGGCUUGAUGUUUUGCAGCAAAAACAGAACAUUUUUAGGAGUUUGUUUCUGAAAAGUUAUUUUCUUACCAUUGAAGAUAUGCAUGUCUAAACGGAUCAUUUUACGUUCCUGGAAACUGCCCACCUACCCCUCCCCUAAAUCAACAUUAACACUUAGUUCUUACUUAGAGCAAAAUGUUGGCUUAGGGGAGAGGCAGGUGGGCAGUUUCACAGCAGUCUAAACAAGCAAACACCCUUCUAGAGUAAUAGUGCCACAGGAAAGUGCAUGAUCGAUUUGAUACAAGUAGCUAUAUACUGGUAAUGAGACAUUUUCCCAGAUGAUUGACGUCACUUUCCGAAAAUUACUAAAGGCGUUCGAAGAUUUCCGAUCAAGAAACGAACAAUAUACGUACCAAAAAUACGAACUUACACGUACCAAGAAUACGAACUUGCGCGCUUUCUCCCAUUACCUUCAGGUCUUAUGAUAGGCUGUAUUAUGAAAUUCUUUGAGCAUUAGAAAACUCUUAGUGCAUUCUUACAAGAUUAAACUUCAUUGAAAAUCCAUUGGAAACGUUUCUACGAUCAGACGGCUGCGACCAGAAUGCGAGAAAACCAUCUACAUCGUCGAAUAUCUUGAAAAACUACCUAGACGCUGACAUUCUAUGGCAGGUGGUUUCUAAGAAGACAUGUCCAUGACCACUCCUUUACCCCGAUUUCGACCUCAGCAACCUCUUACAUACUGUCUUUCUAUCCUAGAACUAUGGUCCAGUGGAACUCCUUACCUCCAGAUGUAUUUUAGUACUCUCUCCGCUGAUCCUGCUCAGUUCCGGGCCAGUGUGUCUGAAAUCACCCAUCAUCAGUUGGAGUGAUUUUAGACUCAUUGUUUUCGGAAUUGAGCUACAUGUACUAACGAACAAUUACUGAUUAUUUUGUUUGUCUGUUUUUUUACCACACCGACUAAUAAUCCUCUUUUUGAGGGAUUGCUGUAGUGGUAUAUAAAUAAUAAUAAAAUAACUUUUGAACUGAACUGAAAAUUGACUUUAAAAAGGAAAUCAACAAAUCUGAACAGCUGACUUCCUCACUAUGCUUUUUAUUUCUCAAUAGCGUAGUUUGGAUGGUGCCUCAAUCCUAAUUUUUUCGAGGACUCAGUGUGGGCACUAUAAUCUUGCAUCAGUCGAGUCUGACAGCUAAUUAUUCCUACCGUAUUUUUUAUCGCAGCUCGGCUUCAAAAGACGUAAAUCCACUGGUUAUGUCGACAUCAAUAAGGUAUAUACCUCCGGGCGAUACUUUGUAGGCCCGGACUACACAUUCAAGGUGUUCCAGGCCAAUGCACAUUUUGUAAAAUUGGACAAGAUUGCAGUGUGGACAGGAGAUAAGAUUGAAAUCAAGAUAACCUGCACUUUUCAGUAUUUCCUUAAAAAGAACUUUCUGCCAGACUUGCAUGAGGCCUACAAUGUUGACUAUCAGCCCGUUGUCAAGGGAACAGCUAUAGACGCUAUAAAAGGGCGGGCAGCGGAUUUACCAAUCGACGACUACAUUAGGUUUGUUUAAGAAAAGAGAGAAACUUUUAUGAGUAAUAUAGCUGUUAGCAACGACCUCUUCAAACAGAUUAUAGUAACGACUGUACACGUGAACUUCCAUAUCCCGCUAAAUCAAAAAAGGUUGCUUUGGUAAUUGGUCAUCGGUAAUUGGACAUUUGGGCAUAUGGAACAAUGCAAUGAUUUACUUGAGUGACUACCAUGCAUACAAAAGCUUCCCAAUGCCCAAUUCCCAAUGCCCGAAGCAACCUUUAUUGAAACAAAAACUCAAUUGAUCGCUUUAAGCAGCAGGUCUGCCCUUUUUUCCCAAAAAAAUUUCUAAAACGAACGAAAAUCACAUGAGCCCACACUUUAGCCACUGACCGUCCUGGAUUUCUGCCCAUAGCUUUCGUAAUCCUCGCCCUUUUUGUACGUAUUACGUAGAAAAGGGACCUCCUUCAACUGUAGCCUCUCCAUUCACCCUACUAUAGGGAGUAACCUCCACUCGGUAUUCACAAAUUAUCCCUCAUUGAUUUUGUUUGCUUCAGUUCUUUUAAUACUCUUUCAGCUACAAUUUGCUUACGGACCAGUGGCGGAUCCAGACCUUCAGAUAAGGGGGGCCCGGUCAUCCAGACCUUGAGAUAAAGGAGGGCGGUCUCAAAAAAAAAUUUUUUUUUCUGUCCUUCGGGUCUCAGUUUGGUCUAAAAAUAAGGGGGGGCGGUCCCCUCCCCUGGAUCCACCACUGCUAAAAACGGACUUUUUCUAUCAAUACCCAGGAAUCGCGAAAACAUAGAAAGAGAACUUUUCAAAGCGCUGGCAAGACGUGUGGAUGGAUGUUGCAGGGAGACAUGUCCUCCUCAGGAAGGAGAAAUGCCGCCUUGUGGUUACUGUAUAACAAAUGCUCUGUGUAAGAGCAAUCAAAAGGGAAUAUUCGUAGAAGUACGAUAUUUCCAGCUGCUUGAAGUUGAUGUUCAUGAAGAUGUCAAGAGUCGCUACCUGCGCCAGGUCACUGAGGCAGCUGAGGAAGAACGGGCCGAAUUUGAGUUGCAAGAGAAGGUGAUUUGUUCUGUUACAAAGUUGUAGGGCCGAAUGGAGCGAUUAUGCUAGUACCACACAGAUACCACAGCAGUAAGAUACGAGAGGGUCCAUUAGGGCUAUUCAAUCCCGUCAUCCCGACCCAAUUCCGUAAUCCCGAUCGUUAUUUUCGGCAUCCCGCAUACCGUGAUACUUUCAUUUCCGAAUCUUGCCCCUGUUUUGCUUCAAAAUCCCGAAUCCCGGCAUUCAUAUAAAGCAAAUCCUGUGUCGCAAAAAACCUACUUGGGACCCUCUAUGGAUAGAGGGCGACCCUCGGGCGACCUUCGCGCUCUCGCUCGCCGUAUAGGGUUCUUUAAUCCCGUCAUCCCGAACCAAAUUUUCCCCUCAACUCUGUAAUCCCGAUGGUUAUUUUGGGCAUCCCACAUCCUGUGCAUAAAAUUUCAAUCCCGAAUACUACCCACAUUUUGCUUAAGAAUCUCGAAUCCCGGCCGUCAAGUAAGGCAAAUCCCGCAGACUGAAAAAACCUAUCGGGGACCCGCAUAUAAGAAAGGCUGCCUGGAGGGUGUACAUAAAUUUUAAGAUUCUAUUCCUUAGCGUCAGUGGUGUAUAAUCCCUUCAUUUUUCCACAUAAUAGGUGGUUCGAAAGGAAACCGAGAGAAUCAAAAACGAAAUCUAUAACCAAGCCAGGGAGAUUGCGCAGAAUGCAAGCGCCAAGGCAACGGUGAUUAGUGCCCAGGCCAAGGCAGACGCUCUGGGUAUAGUAGAGAAGGCAAGAUCUGAUGGUUUGAAGAACAUGUACACAGUGUUAGGGAUCACUACAGAUGAACAGAAGGCCGCGUUCAAUUACCUACGAUCACUGCGUCAGAACAAAAAUGUGAAGCUGAAUGUAGGCUAUAAAUCACUUGCACAAUUUCAGAAUUAAGAUGACAAGCAUGU